GAAGCGGGUAGCUGAGUUGAAGGGGGGUUUGGGGGUUCUAACCCGGUCUAAUUUGCGAAGAAGUCGGAUAGAGUGAAAGAUGGCAGAUGUGUGUGGAGUUCCGGCUUAUGAAACAAAGUCCUCUCCAGCUGUGGUCUCAGAUAGUCCUAUUACAGAUCCGGGAUCAAGUGUAAAGCCUUCAUAUUGGGUGAGUUGCCAGUCCAGUUCAAGACAGCGAGUAACCAGGCUCCACUUUGUAUCAGCAGCCAAGUCACAAAGUUUAGAUGGCACAAAUGCUUUCCUGGGACAAAGAAAACUGGAUUCAAAGACUUCCGGAGCCUUGAAGAAGUCUAGUCGCUAUCGAAGCCGUUCCUUAUCUGCAUCUUCAACUGAUUCUUAUAGCUCAGCUUCAUAUACAGGUAGCAGUUCAGAUGAGGAACAUGUUUCUCCAAGAGAGAGAAUACAGAAGAAUUCCCUGGGGUUUUCAGAUUUCUGUGUAAGAAACAUCAGUCAGCAUGCAUUUGGUAGGAGAGAGAUUGAAAUUGCAGAACAAGAGAUGCCAGGCAUCAUGGCUUUGAGGAGACGUGCUGGAGAUGAUAAACCACUGAAAAAUGCCAAGAUCGUGGGAUGUACUCACAUAAAUGCACAGACUGCUGUAUUAAUUGAGACACUGGCAGAACUGGGAGCUCAAGUAAGGUGGGCAGCAUGUAAUAUCUACUCAACACAGAAUGAAGUUGGGGCAGCUCUUGCCGAAGCUGGCUUCUCCAUAUUUGCAUGGCGUGGAGAAACAGAAGAAGAUUUCUGGUGGUGCAUAGACAAGUGUGUGAAUGCAGAAAAUUGGCAGCCAAACAUGAUUCUUGAUGAUGGUGGUGAUGCUACUCAUCUCAUGCUGAAGAAGUAUCCAGCCAUGUUCAAGAUGAUAAAAGGUAUUGUUGAAGAAAGUGUGACGGGUGUACAUCGUUUAUACCAGUUGUCUAAAGCUGGUAAGCUUAGUGUACCAGCAAUGAAUGUGAAUGACUCAGUCACGAAAACGAAGUUUGACAAUCUCUACAGUUGCCGAGAAUCAAUUAUUGACAGCUUAAAGCGUUCAACAGAUGUGAUGUUUGGGGGCAAACAAGUUGUACUUUGUGGAUAUGGAGAAGUUGGCAAGGGAUGCUGCCAAGCACUGAAGGGGCUAGGUUGUGUUGUGUACAUCACAGAGAUAGAUCCAAUCUGUGCUCUUCAAGCUUGCAUGGAUGGUUUCCGCAUUGUGAAACUGAAUGAGGUGAUACGCAAUGUAGACAUUGUCAUCACAGCAACGGGCAACAAAAAUGUUGUCACAAGAGAGCACAUGGAUAAGAUGAAGAACGGGUGUGUUGUAUGCAACAUGGGCCACUCCAACACUGAAAUUGAUGUUAAUAGUCUCCGCACUCCAGAUCUAACAUGGGAGAAAGUUCGAUCCCAAGUGGACCAUGUAAUCUGGCCAGACGGAAGACGAAUUGUACUGUUGGCUGAAGGACGUUUGGUUAAUUUGAGCUGUUCCAGCCUUCCAUCCUUUGUUGUGUCCAUUACAGCUGCAACACAGGCGCUUGCUCUUAUAGAGUUAUUCAAUGCCCCACAUGGCCGAUACAAGUCUGAUGUUUAUUUACUUCCGAAGAAAAUGGAUGAGUAUGUGGCCAGCUUACAUCUUCCCACCUUCGAUGCUCAUUUAACGGAACUCACAGAUGAGCAAGCAAAGUAUAUGGGCCUCAAUAAAGCUGGGCCAUUCAAGCCAAAUUAUUAUCGGUACUAACUGGUUCCUUACAGUGCUGGAUAGAAGUGGACAGAAAUGGCAUGCAACUCUUGAUAGUAGCAGCAUAAUUUUGGCUUUUAGAACAUGGUUUUUAAGAUGUGGA